CAGUGGAGUCACCAUUGCUUUAUUGGCUCAGCACAGUGAGGAAGAGAAUGAGAGAAAGUCACUAACACAAAAAAGCUCUCUCUCUCUCAAGUUCAAACCCUUUAUAUUUUCCUGGCCUUAUCAAUCUUUUUUUGUAAGAGAUAGAGAGAGAGAACCGAACUCUUUCUUUCUUUCUUUUCAGCUCAAAACUCACACCAGCCAUUUUUAUUCUUAUUUUUAUCUCUCUGGAAAAAAAGUGGUCUUCACAGAAUCUCAGGAAGAGCUUGAGGCAGAGCAAUGAAGAAGGUUUCCAAGACCAGCUGCAAGUCUGUAUCACACAGGCUCUUUAAGGACAAGGCAAAGAACCGUGUUGAUGACCUGCAGCUGAUGUUCUUAGAUCUGCAGUUCGCAAGGAAGGAGAGCCGUACAGUCGAUGCGGCUGUCCUUGAGGAGCAAGUUCAUCAGAUGCUUCGUGAGUGGAAGGCUGAACUCAACGAGCCCUCGCCUGCUUCUUCUUUGCAGCAAGGUGGCAGUCUUGGGUCAUUCUCCACAGAUAUCUGUCGAUUGUUGCAGCUUUGUGAGGAGGAAGAUGAUGCAUCUAGUCCAUUAGCUGCCCCUAAGCCUGAACCUAAUGAUCAGACGCAGCAGAUUGGGGGUAAGGUUGUAUUCCAAGAGGGUCAGCAGCAACAUGAUUUCCCAUUGGUUGAUGAGCGCAAACACUCUAUCUCAGGAGUUCAAAAUGUGGCAGCUAACAACCUGGAAGGACCUGCUUUAGAAUAUCACCAGUUUGAUUUGCAUCAGGACUUUGAUCACAGUUUCUAUACUGGUUUUAAUGGCAUAGGUUAUUGUGAGGAGGAUGCUAUUCCUCAAAUAUCUAGCUACCUGCCAAGUAUCUGCCCUCCGCCUUCUGCUUUCUUGGGCCCAAAAUGUGCACUUUGGGACUGUCCAAGGCCUGCACAAGGGUUGGACUGGUGUCAAGACUACUGCAGUAGCUUUCAUGCUGCUCUAGCCUUGAAUGAAGGGCCACCAGGUAUGUCCCCAGUUCUACGACCAGGGGGCAUCGGUUUGAAAGAUAAUUUACUUUUUGCCGCUCUUAGUGCAAGGGCACAAGGAAAAGAUGUUGGCAUCCCAGAAUGCGAGGGAGCAGCAACUGCGAAGUCUCCAUGGAACGCACCAGAGCUCUUUGAUCUUUCUGUUCUCGAGGGUGAGACUAUCAGGGAGUGGCUCUUCUUCGACAAACCUCGAAGGGCGUUUGAGAGUGGAAACAGAAAGCAGAGGUCAUUGCCAGAUUAUAGCGGACGUGGUUGGCAUGAAUCUCGAAAGCAAGUGAUGAAUGAAUUUGGAGGUCUGAAGAGAUCCUAUUAUAUGGACCCGCAACCACUGAACCAUUUUGAAUGGCACCUCUAUGAAUAUGAGAUUAGCAAGUGUGAUGCAUGUGCUUUAUAUCGGUUGGAACUAAAGCUUGUUGAUGGGAAGAAGAGCUCUAAGGCAAAGGUUACCAAUGAUUCAGUUGCUGAUUUGCAGAAGCAGAUGGGACGGCUUUCUGCUGAGUUCAUGUCUGAUAACAAAAGGCCUGCAAAAGGCAGAGCUAAACUUAAUGCCAAGGUUGGCUUAGGUGGUGUCUAUUCCUCUUCAGGCAGAGUGGCUCCACUAAAUGGAACAUAUGAUUAUGGUUUAGCUGCACCAUAUGACUAUCUUGUUGAUAACAUGGGCGACUACUAUGGAACAUGAUCUUCUUAAAGGGAUGCGUAUGAUGAUGCAUUCAGCUUGGUUAUACAUUAUUCUGUGCUGGGUUUUCUUUGUCCUCUUUUAUCUUGGUCCUUUUAUACUUUGAUUCUUAGUAACAAGAAUACAAGGUCAUUUUUUUGCCUUGUUGAAGAUAUUGUGAAUAGCUCAUUCUCACUGGAAUGCGGCUGCAGAGGCUGCUGGUUGCUGAAUUCUAACUUCGGGAGAUGAUCACUUGCAGCAAAAAAUUGCUGUAUAUCAUUUAUGAUUAGCAACUUGGUGAAUGUUAGCAUUAUAUUGUCACCAUCAGAAUUGACCUAUUUAGGUACAAAAUUGAUGUAUUCAGCGCUGACUCUAUUUUCCAAACCAUGCUAAUAUAAGUCAUUUACAUUAUUUUAUGUUAUCA